CUCUCAGCGUUUGUACCGUUCGAAAUAAAUCUUGCUGCUGGUGACCAUGACGAUUGCAAUGACGAUGUUUGCGGCAACACAGGCAACGGCAAGACAGAAUUUGUUGGUCUGCGGCCGUCGAUCUCUGUCUAACUUCUAUUCACCGAAGCUGACGGAACGGCGAGUUGGAGAAGCUGGUUCCGGCGGGCAUUCCUCCGAGGCCGGAGUCAAGGUGGCUCUCUUCGGAGCUUCGGGAUUCUUAGGAAAUUAUGUUUGUGGUGAAUUAGGAGCGAACGGUUUCAUGGCGUAUUUGGCAAAUCGCGGAGACGAUAUGGAAAUGCGUCACCUCAAGAUUCCCUUCGACCUCGGGCGUACACGCUUCCAGUUUUACAGCCCCCGCGAUCGUGAUUCCAUCAAGGAAGUCAUUCAGGAUGCUGAUGUCGUCGUCAAUAUGAUCGGAAAAUACUACGAGUCGGGGCAGCCGAUCCAGACUGCCAAGUUUCCGUACGUUGGUUACCGUACGAAUUAUUCGUUCGCGGAUGCCAACGUAGAAAUUCCUCGUACGCUGGCGGAAAUCUGUCUCGAAAUGCAAGUGGAUCACUUCGUUCACGUCUCUUCGGCUUCGGCGUCUCCGGAUGCUCGUUCGGAAUGGUCCCGCACCAAGUACGCUGGAGAGCAGGCCAUCAAGGAAGUUUACCCCUGGGCGACCAUCAUCCGUCCUACGCAGUUCUUUGGCAAACAGGAUCGUUUCCUACAUUGGUUCGCUCGUAUGGCGAAAUGGUACCGGAUCGUACCACUCGUGGAUGGGGGCAAGACCCUGACGCAGCCCGUGUGGGCGGGAGACGUGGCCAAGACUAUUCUCAAGGUCUGCGACAAUCCAUCCAUCUUUGAAGGUCGCCAAAUCGACUGCUUUGGUCCAGCCGAGUUUUCGUACAGCGAGUUGGCCGAUUUUGUGAAUGAUAUCACGGAACGGAACCGACCUGUUUUCAAUCUUCCGUACGACUACUACGCCGCAAUUGCCAAGGUACUGCAGUACCAGCGCGAUCCGCUCAUCACCCCAGAUUUAGUGGAAAUAUGGAGCGAAGAUUUUCUUCCCUCCAUGCCACCAGAAGAGUACAAGCUGCAGAAAUACGAACAGACCAAGAUCUUGACCAUGCAGGAUUUGGGCAUUGAGCCUACUCCUAUUGAGAAGAUUGCUUUCGAGUUUAUGCAAAUUUAUCGCGCCGGAGGGCACUUUGCUCGUGUGCAAGGAUACCAUUAAAGACACCCUUCUAUAACAAUAAUAACCUGGUCGUCGCUC